CGAACUUCGGCACUAAAUGGAAAUAGAGGAGUUGCUAAUCGAUUAUAUUGUAACCUGUGAAACUGAAAAAAUGAAAGGACAUCAUGCAUGGUAAAGCAUGUUGGAUGAUGAAUUUGAAUUCUGAUCGUAUUUUGUAAGAGAAGAAUAUUUGAAGACUUAUAUGCCUAAUCCUCGCGGCCAGAGCAUCACCAAGUGAGCAGCAGCCGCGAAGAGGCACAGCCGUGGAAGAAUGAAGAUAGCUUGGCCUAGAAAGUCUCAGGCGCGUGCAACGCGACUGCUAUGGCUGUCGUCUUGUGCGUCUGCGAGUCUUCUACCCGGUAGAGGUAGCCGUUCUUCCAACGCCAUCGCGCAUGGCCAUAGCAGUAGACAUCCACAUCAUCCACGACCACGUUCCUCUUCGUCAGAAGAUGAUACUCUUGCAGAUGACGAAGUUGCCUCAUCAAGUUCAAGUACAAUAAGAAGAAGUCACGAUAGGAUAAGCCAUGAUCUUCAAGAAGAACGAAAGUAUUAUCAAGAUGUAGAAGAUGUUGAACAAGAUCUUCAUCAGGGAGAUGACGUUGUUGAAGAUGUUGAUGCAACUUCUAGAGAUGAAGAAGAUGAACAAGAUCGAGAUGAGGAGGACGUAGACUACUUGGACUACAAAGAGGAGCAAGAAGCCGAAGAUGAAGAGCCAUCGAGGAAGCUAGAGCUUCAAAGAGGACUCGAAGAAAUGGACGCAGGAUAUGGCGCUGACGACAAAAACAAGGAUGCACCAGCUCAGCAGCGCCUCAAAGGUGCUGUUAUCAAGAUGGGAGGCUCAACUGCAAAGGAGAAACACACAUCAUCAUCAACUGCAAAAACGCAAGAGACCUCCAAAAAGAAAGGCCAGAAGAUGCUGAGGAAAAUAUCUUCUACUUCUUCGUCAACAUCCAAGAAGCAGGAGAUACGGAAGCGCAUCACUAGUAAAGUGGAGAAAGAAAAGCAGAGCAGGAUGAAGAAAGAGGCAUCUCCAUCUUCUGCUCUCGUACCAAAGCACAGCCAAGGAAAAGUCGGUGAUCAACACCAGAAAGCAGUGUCAGCCAUAGUUACGACUGGCACUAGUACUAGAAAGUCCUCUAGAAGUCUUACUUGUAGAUAAAGAUAAAGAUUUAUUCUAUGGAGUUUUCAAUUCAUUGUAGUUCAUUUUGUGGUAAGCCCCCCGUUGUUUAAGGGCUUCCGCAUUACUACAUCCUCCACUUACAUCCUUGACCUUUUUCCAAGUGAAAAAUAGAUCGAGGAUGCGCUCAAGGGUGUAAUGCUGCAGCCUUUAACUUGUAAGCAGCAUCUUCAGGAAGCAGUCGUCUCUCGUCCUCUUUCAUUUCCGAAAACAAGAAACACUCUCAAGACGAAGCAAACCCAGAAAACAUCGAAUAUCUAGCCGAUGAGGCUUUCUUCGUCAUCUCGUUGCAGGGAGUAAAGGGCGCUCACAAGAACAAUGAUGGUAGACUGGACAAAUUCUACUCUCGUUGGCAAAAAAGCUGCAAUGAAACACAAACUUUCCAGUUUCGUCAGUGUGCUGGAGUGCCUGAUUAUGGUUGUCAAGAUGAAGAUCUACUUAAUCUUGAAGGAAGAUCUAUUGAUAAAAUCAACAACAUCAUAUUGAUAUUCACUGUCAGAGAACUCUACUUUCCGUGCUUCCUCGUGCUGCAUAAUUAGUCGUUGUCUUCUCUCAUUCAUCCUUAUCAACUUGUUGUGCUUUCUUUCCUCCUCUUUCUACCUGCUCCAGCUCUAGUACUCCUCCUCUACCUCUAGCUCUACCCUCAAAAAACCCGUAGCUGCAUCAUCGGCUCUAACCUCCCCAAACCCGAGGCGAAGGCAUCACAAAAGCCUACAUCGAGUGUCUCGGCAAAGCCAUGAAGACUGGCGCCAAACGGCUCUAUUUUUUUGAGGACGAUGCUGAAAUGAGGGACACCCGUUUCUGUUCCAAGACCUUCCGUGAAGAUCUGUGGAAAAGAGCGCCGGAUAGUACAUUCCUUUAAGAGAGCUCCUUCUUCUAUUCUUGUAGUUGAUUUCCACUUCUUGAAUGAUUCUUGUUCAGAAUUUUCACUACCUCCAACUAGGAUUAGAAGCUGCAAGAUUCACUGCUAGGAAAUUCACUCCAUAGAAAUACUGAUCUUAGAAAGUCCUAGGCUCGUCUUAUUAUUAUAAUGAUCAAGAAACAUCGACAAUAUCCCCUUCCCCUCCCCGCCUCGAAUCUCUCCUUCUCCUUGGAGCUCACACGAUCCAUCCCAGCAACAACAGCCAGCUCAAAGCUCACCUGGACAAGGCUUUCCAAGCUACGAGGCACUCCUUUGGACUGUACGCAAUCACGAUCCCAUUGCGCAGCGCAUAUGCACUCCGUGCAGGCUUUGAACAAGACGUUUACAGAGGAUUAUGGUUGGUGCUCUAAUAUUAAAAUCAGAAGAAGAACAAGAAGAUGAAGAACAAGAUCGUGACUAGAAAAAAUACAAGUACAUUUAUAUAUAACAGUAUUUACUCCUCCAACUAGUAUCACCUCCUCGUGCAUCAGCUCGACACUCUCUAACUUUCGGUGUCCUAGACCCUGACGUGGCACUAUACCAUCACGGAAGGCGUUUGGGUGGGAACGCCACAGACGUCAUCGUCACUGCUCCUACGUUAUUUGCGCAUGCUGCUGGAUGGUCAAACACAUGGAGCCAUUUCAGACCAAAAAUAGUCGGGAGAUAAAAGGAGAAUAGGAAGUAGAUGUAGAAGUAGAAGUUGUAGCUGUACUUCUAGGUGGACGAUGAAUCCAAAGGUGAUGAUGUAGUUGCUGCAGUAGGACUACAACUUCCUUAAUAGGGUUAGGAUUUUUCAAGAAGUGGAGUAACUAUAACAGUAAUAGGGUAGAGGAAGAGGUAGUUGUGAUGAUCAUAAAAGACAACGAGGACGGACGACAGGACCACGUCGAUUUUUUUUUCUAGUACCAAAGAAAGUGAAAGUAGACAGAAAGUUUCGAAAGUAGAUUUCGUCAGCCAAUUCCGGUUCUUACCCAACAACUCGUCAUUGUUCAGAUUGAUAGCCACAAGGCAAAACCCCGCGGCCGGCGGCCCGUCAAACGGGGCAAAAGUGUGGAAUUACUGUUGAUCUUAGAAAGUCCUAGGUUCAUCUUACCACUUAACUUAUUUCUCUCUGCUUCAAAGCUUAUAAUUUCAUUUCGAGAAUAAGGCGCAUCUCAUUUCUGUCAUAUUACCGUCAAAAAGCGCAUAAAAGCUGUCAUAUCAAUCUACUUCUUCAUAUCAUCAUCAUAGUGGAUCUAGGUCGCCUAUCGCUAUCUUCUUCCAGCAUGAUAAGCUACUCACCAGGAACUCGAUGCAUUUUGCUGUUCCCAGACUUUUCCCAGACUUAGGGACCAAAAUUUUUCGACCUAUGAAAAAAAAUUCUUAUUUACGGACGAAAAAAAAAUAUAUUUAACAAGUGACUUCAAAGAAAUCAGAGCACC